AUGCCACCCAAACUAGCCGUUACGAGUUUUGUAAAAAAAAAAUGUAGGGAUUGUUCCGUUUACCCUACUAUUACUAUCCUGAAAGCAAUACUGAGAAGUACUCCUGUUCAAAAGCUGUUGUCUUCAUUAGUAUUAUCGAGAGUCUUCCAAAAGAAGUCUGGAAUUGAACGAUGGAAGAAGUUUCAUGGUUACUUGCAUCAACCACUGAAUUUGCAAAACUUGGAUAGCAGGACCUUACUCGAUGGGGUUGUCAAAGUGCUGAGAGAAACCCAAAACGAAAGCUACUUUACCGAUAAUUCCAACAAGUACAUCAUCGUUCCAGUGUUUGUCGAGAAAAUUCGAAAGAACUCGUAUGGCUAUGAGCACGCUUACUUUUCUUUGAGAUUUAGCUUGCCUCAAGGAAUUCAACCUGUAUCAGCUUCAGAUCAAGAAUGGUAUUUUGAAUCGGUGAAUAUUGAAGGUUAUAAGAAGAGGAAGCACAUUCCUCAUGAUUUGAUGAAUAGACACUUCCAAGAGAAGGAUGGUAUUCUUACGAUGGGAUAUCCAGAAUUGAUUUACACAUGGUAUCGAAAGAAUUAUUUCAAGAAGAUUUAA